UCCCAGCUUAAACAUCCGUAUCCAAGGUCUGUAAUCGUGUGUCGUGCCGGCUGCUGGUGCCACGCGUCAGAAUAUCAAUUGCGAACGAAAAAAAUAUCGUAAAACACUCCAAAAUGUCGGUGGUUGCAGUACUGGGAAAAUUCUGGCAAGAGUACACGAAGAAUACUCCGAAAAAGUUGAAGAUCAUCGACGCGUAUCUGUUCUACAUAUUUCUGACAGGAGUCACACAAUUCGUCUACUGCUGUUUGGUCGGUACAUUCCCGUUCAAUAGUUUCCUCAGCGGUUUUAUCUCCUGCGUUUCGUGCUUCGUUCUUGGCGUUUGCCUGCGGCUACAGGUCAAUCCACAGAACAAAAGCCAAUUUCACGGCAUUAGUCCAGAGAGAGGAUUCGCAGACUUCAUAUUCGCCCACAUUAUACUUCACAUUGUAGUCAUGAACUUCAUCGGUUGAAUGAUAUACCGUGUUUGUCUUAACGUAAAAUAAAUCUUCAAUAAUUUUUCUGUGCAUAAAUUUGAACCAAUUACCUAUUGCAAUGAUAAGUUCUCAAAAAAAAUAAAUCUUUUUCCAUAUUUCCUUGCAUUUUUUACUUAUACUACACCGGCUCAGGUUUUUCACAAUUGCAAUUGUUGCUCUACAAUACAUGAAUUCUGCACUCUGAACAUAUUUUGUAAUAGACGAGUUCACCCUUCUGUUCUGUAUUCCUGUUGUUUGUCUGCUUCACAUAAUUUCUGGGUAAAUGUUAA